AUGGCUCCAGUUACACUGAAAACGGUCGAUAACGACCUCAAGGAUGCAAUCCAACACCUCUUCGAAAUCCAAUCCGCAGUACACGGCUAUCUAGGCCCAGAAACCCAACAAGAGCUAGUGCGCAAGAUCAAAAACCUCACCCUCACUCUCUCCACACUCUCCAGCCACACACAAGAAUCAGACCAAGCAGCCGACGGCCAAUCUAACGACCCCUCAAACCCCUCACUCGCCAGCAUUCAGCUUCCGCCCGAGAUAAUUGACUACGUGGACUCCGCACGCAACCCAGACAUCUACACCCGUGAAUUUGUGGAGCUGGUGCAGCGCGGAAACCAGGAUCUAAAGGGAAAGCGAGAGGCUUUUGCUGGGUUCCGGGACGUGUUGGCCCGCGAGAUGCGGAGUGCGAUGCCCGAGUGUCGGGGUGAGGUUGAUCGCGUUGUCGUUGCGACCGGGGGUAGUGUUGAUCAUGAUGGGGCUGGGGCUAAAAAUGCGCAGUGA